AUGCAUUAUCAUAAAUUGGCAUUUUCACGAAAUGGUAAACCGACAAUUGUGCCGCGAGAUAAUGAAGCCGAUGUUGGACAGCGAUAUAAAUUGUCAGAGAUGGAUGCGAAGAAGGUGAAUAAAUUGUAUCAAUGUGGAGAGUAUUCGAAGACUAGUUCAACUACAACUACUACUACUAGCACAACUGAAGAACCAACAACUACUCAGAAGUUGACAACAACAACAGAGAUUGAAGAAGUUUCAGUUUCAACAAAAUCGAGUUCAACAUCAACAACAACCACAACAACCGAGAAACCUACAACAACCACGAGAAUAUCAGUUGAAAAAUCAAGAAGUCGAAGUGAGUUUGAAUGACAUUUUCAGAUUUUUUAAGCAAGUGAGUUGAAAUAUUGGGUUCUAAUGAUAUUCAUAUGAUAGAAUGGUCUAAGACGAACAGAAUCAUAUAAAUUUUGAUGAAUUUACGUUAUCCAUAAGUGAUUAAGCGAGGUUUAGUCUACUAAACCUCGCUAAAUCACUUAUGGAUAACGUAAACUCAUCAAAAUUUAUAUCAUUCUGUUCGUCUUAGACCAUUCGACCAUAUGAAUAACAUUAGAAUCCAAUAUUCCAACUCAUUUGCUUGAAAAACAUGAAAAUGUCAUUUAGUCGAUGUCCAAGAGUUCAACAAAAAGUUACUCCUUUACAACUUGAAUCAGAGCUGGGCACAAAAAUGCCGUUUUGAACCAGACCUGUGCCGGAAAACGGAAAGUCGGAAAAUUUUCAAAGUCUGAAAUUUCGUUUUUCAGCCUUAUGCUAGAACUAAAACUUAUUUUUAUCUACAAUUCUUCUAUUCACAGAUAAUUUAGUAACUAUUUGAGGCGUUUUACGUUCAAAAAAUCGUAAAAUUUUAAAAAUUAAAAUUUUUUAUUUUUUCUAUCAUAAACUGUGAGAAAAUUUCCCAAAAUUUGGGCAAUAUUGAAAAUACUAAACAUCAUUCUCCGGAAAAUUCAUUUUUCCUUGAAAAAACCGGAAAAGUGCAGGCACAGGCCUGAAUCGGAACAGCUUAAAAUGAAAAAAAACCCCCAAAAACUAUUUUCGAAAAAAACACAAAACGCGCCACCCACUUCACACGAAACGCGUUAAUCCCAUGAGGGUUGGCGCAUUUUGUGUGCAGUCUAAAACCACAUGUUUCCUUGCAGAAUGCGAAGAUUUGAACGCACAUUGUGGAAUGUGGGAACAAUUGGGACAUUGUCAACAUUCUGUCAAAUAUAUGACACAUUAUUGUCGAAAAUCGUGUAAGAUGUGUGAAGUUGAAGUUGUUGAGACCACAACUUCAACCACAACAACAACAACAUCAAUUCCAUCAUCUUCCACAACAAAAGUUCCGAUUCCACGUGGAAAAGAGAACAUCAAACCAGUUACAACAACUUCUACCACCACCACUACCACCACUAAAAAACCAAUUGUGGCGAAGGAAAAAUGCGAGGACAAAAAUCUGUUUUGUAGUUAUUGGGCGAAAAUUGGCGAGUGUAAAAGUGAGAGCAAAUUUAUGAAGAUUUUCUGUAAAGCAUCGUGUAACAAGUGCUAG